GUGAUAAGUGCGUUUAUUAGCCAUCUCUUGGGGGCUGGAGGAUUCAGUAAAUCACUUUACGAAAGCAGACGUGAAGGAGGAACUGAAAUAAUUCAAGUAAUCUCUUCCCGGGCCAAGGGUUAAUCCACUGCAGCCCUAUACUAGGUGCGGUACUUGUAUGGCGUAUGAUAGGCAAAUGAAAUGGGUACCAAGGCAGAUUUUGCCUAGCUAAGAUUACAGAAAAGACGAUUUGAUGCGUACUUCCAUGUGAGGUUAAGGCCUAGAGUCUUAGUUCAUCACUAUGGUGCUUACCAUGGUGUUUUGGCCUUGUUAUCCGCUAAGGUAUUCCAACAUUUGCUUUCUUUAAACCGUUGCCUUUCCACUUUUUGACCCUUCAUGGUGUUUCCACCCCACGACCUUUAGUCUAGUUCCCAAGACACAAUGGCGGCCACAGUUCACUCCUUCAUCAAGCUUCUGCUUGACUUUUACUAUUAUUUGUUGAAUAAAGUUUUCGUUUUCCCGUCCCUUGAGAAGCUGUGGGUCAUAGACUUGCGAACAUUUCGGCCGUAUAGCAUUUCAAUAAACCACAAUGCCGUCCAGGCUACUGAGUUCCGAAAGAUAUCACCACUUGGCAUUACGGCUAGUCCCCAGGACCAUAUAGCCAAAGGCUUAACCUUACUUGAUCCGGGCUUCAGGAACACUGCUGUUGGAGAAAGUCGUAUUACACACAUUGAUGGUAACCGUGGCCUGCUACAGUAUCGUCAAUAUUCUAUCAGCUACCUCGUCACCCAUCAUGACUACGAGGACGUUGUGCAUCUACUAGUGUGGGGUCACCUUCCUACACUAGAUGAGAAGCUCAACUUCAGAAGCCGAGUUGCCAAGCAAAUGGUCCCUGAUCAGUCAAUCAUUAGGGUCAUCCAAGCAUUCAGCCCAGAUGCACCCGCCUACUUGAUCGUUGCUGCGGGUCUAACCGCCUGGGCGGCGUCAGACCCGGAUUCGGUUCCAGUUUACAGAGGAUAUUCAAUAUAUGAGAAAGAUUCCAAUGCCGUCGAUGAAGGCAUCUACAGGAGUCUCGCUGCCUUCGCAACAGUCGUGGCGAUCAUGGCCUGUCACCAGCAAGGCAAACCUUUUACACCACAUGCUGACCCAACACUCUCAACCAUCGAAAAUAUGCUCAUUAUGAUGGGUCGGCCACACGAUAGACAAGCAGCUUCGGCUCUUAAUAAGCUCUGGAUUCUAUUCGCCGAUCACGAAAUAACCAACUCAACUGCCGCAUUCCUCAACGCCACCUCUUGUCUAAGCGAUCCUAUCUCGGCUUGUGUUGCGUCUGUGGCUUCGGGUAACGGUCCGUUGCAUGGUGGCGCUAUUGAUCUUGCAUACAAGAGAUUUAAGCAAAUGCGGAACAAGGAGGGCGUCAGAAAACAUAUGGCCGAUGUAAAAGCUAAGAAAACUAGACUUAUGGGCGUGGGACACCGCGUAUAUCGAACUAUCGAUCCGAGAAUACCUCACCUUCACUCUAUUAUGGCCGACCUCGAGACGAAUGUAUCGCAAAACCCGCUGCUCGACGUCGUACUAGAAAUCGACCGUACAGUUGCCGAAGAUCCGUAUUUUACGUCGAGAAAACUUAGCAUUAACGCCGACUUGUAUUCCUCGUUUGCCUACGCAGCGCUUGGAUUCGACCCAAGGAUAUUCACACCGCUCGCAAUGACGGCGCGAUGCGCUGGUGCGCUCGCACACUGGAGAGAGAGCAUGAAUCAACCUCCAUGUUUAUGGCGACCUCGACAAGUAUUUACUGGCGAAGUGGCAUCGUAAUGAUUUAUUUUGUUUUAAUUAUUUGAUGAUCUUCAAGAAUUUUUACCCUUUUCUAGAAUUAUAGUUCUCUUCUAGAAUAAUAUAAAUUUCAAA